CUAAAACACACACACUCUCUCUCCUGUAUUUCGCUCCUAUAUCCAACCUGCUAUGAAUUCAGAGGUACUUCCAUGUGGUUUUUGCACUCCACCCUCAAAAAGAUCAUCAAUAACGUCUCAGAAUAGUGACGCUAUUCCUGCUAAAAACGAUGAUUUGACGUCUUCUAACACCUUGAGAAACUUAUCAAAGAUGGUCCUCCCUCCGCUGGGUGUUUCAGCUUAUAAUUACAAUCAUCUUAACUCAAAUGGUUGGAUCAUCUCUCCCAUACAUUCUAAGUACAGAUGUUGGGAAACGCUGAUGGUAGUAUUAGUAGCAUACUCAGCAUGGGUUUACCCGUUUGAGGUUGCAUUCAUGAAAUCGUAUCUAAAAAGAGAGCUCUUUAUUGCUGACAACAUCGUCAAUGUGUUUUUUGCGAUUGAUAUUAUUAUCACAUUCUUUCUCGCCUACUUUGAUUCCAGAACUCAGCUACUUGUUUCUGACUUCAGAAAGAUCGCUAUAAGGUAUUUAUCAACAUGGUUUAUAAUGGACUUGGCAUCAACAAUACCUUAUGAAGCAUUAGCUUUGAUGUUUACGGGUAAAUACAAAGAGAGCAUUUCCUAUUAUCUUUUAGGAUUGUUACGUUUCUGGCGACUUAGACGAGUCAAACAAUUCUUCACCAGGCUUGAGAAAGACAUCAGGUUCAGCUACUUUUGGGUCCGAUGUGCAAGGCUUCUCUUCGUGACAUUGUUUUUAGUGCAUUGCGCUGGAUGUCUAUAUUACUUACUAGCAGACCGUUACCCACAUGAAGGGAAGACAUGGAUAGGAGCAAUGAAUCCAAAUUUCAGGGAAACAAGCCUUUGGGUUCGUUAUAUAUCCGCCAUUUACUGGUCUAUUACCACUAUGACCACAGUUGGGUAUGGUGACUUGCAUGCAAAUAACACUCUUGAAAUGAUCUUCAUCAUCUUUUACAUGCUUUUCAACUUGAGCCUCACAGCGUACCUCAUUGGCAACAUGACCAAUUUAGUCGUUGAAGGAACUCGCCGUACUAUGGAAUUUAGAAGUAGCAUUGAAGCAGCAUCAAGCUUUGUAAGUAGAAAUCGGCUACCCACAAGAUUGAAGGAGCAAAUAUUAGGUUACAUGUGCUUAAGGUUCAAGGCUGAGAAUUUGAAUCAAUUUCAGCUAAUUGAGCAUCUACCAAACUCCAUUUAUAAGAACAUUUGCCAGCAUUUGUUUCUACCAACAAUUGAAAAAGUAUACUUAUUUCGUGGCAUUACAAGGAAAUCACUCCUAGUCCUGGUUGCAAAUACGAAGGCGGAAUAUUUGCCUCCAAGAGAAGACAUUAUAAUGCAGAAUGAAGUAGCGAGUGACAUUUAUAUAAUUGUAUCUGGGGAAGUGGAAAUGAUAGAUUAUGAAAGUGAAAAAGAGAUUGUGGUUGGAACUCUGCAAGUAGGAGACAUGUUCGGAGAGGUUGCUGCUAUUUGUUCUACUCCACAAAGCUUUACAAUUCGAACUAGAACACUAGCACAACUUCUGAGACUAAAUAAUUCCACUCUUAUUGAAGCAAUGAAGUUUAGACAAGAAGAUCAUGUUGUCAUGGUCAACAACUUUCUACAGCAUAAUAGAAAGCUUAACGUCGCCAGUGCUGGAGAUUGGCGCAUUGAAAAUGCAGAUCGGGAUGGUGAGCUCUUUAAAGCAUUGCAUUUACUGAAUGUCGCUGCUGCUGGAAAUAGCAUUUUUCUUGAUAAGCUUCUCAAAGCCAAGUUAGAUCCAGAUGUUUGCGACUCCCGAGGAAGAACCCCAUUGCAUGAAGCAGCUUCUAGGGGACAUGAAGAAUGUGUGAUCUUGCUUCUAAACCAUGGAUGCAACGUACUUUUACGAGAUUUGAAUGACAACACUGCUUUAUGGGAUGCCAUAAGUGCUAAGCAUUACAACAUAUUUCAUCUAUUAUACAAUUAUACUACCAUUCAAGAUCCACACAUAGCAGGCGAUCUGUUGACAACAGCAACUAAGCGAAAUGAUAUUGCAGUGAUUAAGGACUUACUAAAAUGUGGAUUAGACGUCGAUUCAACAAAUCUUCAUGGAUUAACAGCUUUACAGGUUGCCUUAACAACUAAUCACGUUGAAAUAGCAACCUUAUUGAUAGCUUAUGGUGCAAAAACGGGUGAUUUAAAUGGUAACACUAUUUCUUCGAUUUUCGCUGCUCGUAAUCAACAUUUUGUACAAGUAAACAAGAAGCGUGGAAAUGACUCAAAAUUUGAGCCAUCUUGUGCGAGGAUAAACUUAUUUAAGGGGUAUCCAACUUCAAGCAACACCUUUGAUAAAAACUCAACUGGAAGACUUAUUAGGUUGCCAAGCUCCUUUGAGGAACUCCAAGUAAUUGCAGGCGAAAAGUUCAAAGUCAAUGCAACAAACCUAACAAUUGUUAACGAAGAAGGGGCGGAGGUUGAUUCCAUUCAAGUGAUUAGAGAUAAUGAUAAAUUAUAUGUAGUUGAUAAUUCAAUUUAAUAAAUUUGUAUGUUAUAGUGGAUGUAACCAAUGAAAAACAAACAUUUUCAUAAUUAAGAUGAAAUUUUCGCUUCAAAACGAAAUUUGUGAAUAGAGGUAUUCUAGUAGUUAGGAUUAAACUAAGGAAUAAUUGUCAAUAAUAAGUCAACUUUUAUCUCAUCCGUUAAAAAUAAGUCAUCUUUUGAUUAUUUCCUGAAUAAGUCUACCUCUAAUACUUAUUAAUUUUAAACAAGUUAAUUUACAAAUAACCUGACUUUUUUCUUUCUUUUUUGUAAUUUUUAAUUUAUUUUUGUUUUCUCACUCAUCACUUUGAAGAGUUACACAUAUCAUAUUUAAGCCGUCAAAUAAGUUAACAACAGGCAAUGACUUUUAUUAAAAACAGAUAGGUGUCAAAGGUUCACUUUUUUUUGAUAAUUUAAAGUAGGCUUUUAUUUCAUCAUAUAAAGGAUAAGAAACCUCAAAAAAACUCAACCUAGGUAUUCCUCCUCAGAAGGAGAAAACUUUUAUAGUGAUUACUCACACCCAGAGGAGAGGAGGUUUCUAUCCUUGAUCAAUUACACAUAUGCCACAUUACAAUGUUUUCUCCACAAGAGCCAUGCACGUAAAAAAGGAACUAAAAAGACAAAACCUACUGAGACCCAUCCAUAGAAGUAUAAAGCACUUUGGUGCUUCAUAUACAGACCAUUGCAAUAGAUCCCUUCUAACAUAUAAAGACUCUAAACACAUCCAUCCGCCCUUAGUCUCUAUGAAGGAGAAAAUAGCAUCAGAACCGUUGAACCAGCAGCCAGGUUUGAUGAGAGAUGCUUUCUACAUCCAUGCUAUAAAUUCUAUCAAAGGUUCACUUAUUCAAAAAUAAUCCAAAGUUUAACUUGUUUUUAGUGGAUGGCCUAAAGGAUGACAUAUUUUUGACAGUUUUUCCUUAUGCUAUGUUUGGAUAGCAAAAUUUCAUUUCAAAUCCUGGAUUUGGAUGAAAUUUAUUGUUUGGAUGGCAUGGAAUUUGAAAUUAUGGAAUUUGUCCAAAUUCUUAUCAAAAGCCUAUAUUAGUAGAAUUUGAAAUUCAAGCUAUUACCUUGUCAUUUGAAAUUCUCUCCUCAUACAUAUCCCAACUUCACUCAUUCUCUUUCUAAUAUUUAUUUCUCUCUCCUUUAGUAAACCCACACUUUUUCUCUCUCUCCAUUAAACCUCUAUUUCUCUCUCCUCUAUCAAACCCCCUUUACAAAACAAUGAUUAGGAAUUGAAAUACAAACUUCAAAUUCCAGAUUUCAAUUCCAUUAUUUGAAAUGAAAUACAAGUUUCCAAACACUACCUUAAAGUAAUAUAUCCGGCCCUUUUCUAACAAUAAGACAUAUAAUUUUGAGGCUUGUAUGACUAAAUUGACCUAUGAAUAACUUCUUCGCCGAUAUGUUCAAUAUGCCCUGACAAAAAAAAAUAGAUGUUGGUAUUGUACGAUCUUUUGUCAUAGUUACAUGAACAUGCACUUGUAGAACUUCAAAUUAUGUUACUAGUUUUAAUGCCCGUGCGAUAUAUGAGUUAAUUUUAAUGUAUUAAAAUUAUUAUAAUUAUUUUAUUGGUUGUCCAAGUAUAUCUCAUUUUUAUAUAUAAUAUUCACUAA